AUGGAUAGACUGAACUCAAAGCUGUACUUGCAGAACUGCUACAUUAUGAAAGAAAAUGAGAGGCUAAGGAAGAAAGCGCAGCUUCUCAACCAGGAGAAUCAGGCAUUGCUCUCUGAACUCAAACAGAAGCUCUCGAAGGGAAACCCAAAAGGAAAAUCAUCUAAUAACAAUAUUCCUGACCUCAACCUGGGUUCAAGCUCCAACCAGAACCAUGCUAACACCAGCAGUAACUGA